GCGUAGACAGGUGGAGACUUGAAGAAGGCCCAAGUAGACUGGUUCCAGGCUAUACUUGUUAUUGAACGGAACAGAUUACAGUGAGAUCGGCGGUGCUAUUGUUUGAUCAUGAAAGAAUGCGGGGAAGAACUUCUGGAAGGUUUUAAACAACGAACUCGAUGAUAUGGCUGACCCGUCCUAGACUGUUGAUACGGUCAAAUAGAGCAAUUGUAGGAAAAGACCUAGUCAAACAUGAGAGCACUGUCCCCAACUCCCUUCCACCUCUUCCACCUCUUCCUCACCGUACCACUACCUCCAGCCCAUUACCUUGGCUUUCUCUUGCUGAAAUCGACGGAUACCUAAAGCCUCUUCGCGCUCAUAUCCCCUGGACGUUCACCACUGCGAACACUAUUUCCGCGGCUACAGGAAAUAAGACAAAGGCUGGUCCUGGCUGGUCAUAUCAUGGCAAAUACGCGUUCAGAGCGAGAGAGUUUGGUUUGCAAUUUGCAGCGAGAGUGAGGGAUGUACUGAAUGACGAAGGGAUUCCGUAUUUGGGGCUCCAAUCCACGGACUUUGAUCUUCAUAUCGCUUCGAGGCUUGACCGCCGUGAUUCAACUGAAUCAACGACAUCUGAUUCGGACGCUGCUCCCAAGCUUCCGCUUAACGACCCAAACGUAGACCAGCCAAAAAUGAAAGAAAGUAGAGAAGACGAGACCGUGGUAAUUUUGAAGAUCAAAACUCACCUGGCAUACAUUCCCGAGGAGAUUUUGAGUCUCAGGCCACAGCUCCCAGCCACAAAGGACACUCCCUUCCCGAUCACGCUGACAACGCCCGGCCUUACCAUUCGCGACGUACGCUUCGCAAUGCUGGUAGACGAAAUGUUUAGGAACGAGUACAUCAAAACCGGACGAGGGUUUGAAUCAAAGCAGCCAUCCUCGCUUGCUUAUCCAUCGGCUCAACAGAUGGCAUCCAACAUAUUUCGGCAGGGAUUUUGUAGAUGCUGUGGGCUACCACAUCCCUUGCAUCAAUGCCACAAGAGAAAACACUAUCCACCUGCGGGUAAUUGCAGCGUAUGUGGUGGGAACCAUUGGGUUAUCGAUUGCUCAGUAUUGAGAAAGAAGAAGGGAAAAAAAGCAAGCGUACAGUGAUGAGGAGGGGCUUCUCCACAACCCCGCAAUGCAUGCCCGUCCUUUCAUGUUUGGAUAGGUGUUAACUAGUUAGUUCCUAUUGGAUCAAUAGAAUAGGCGUGUACUUAUCACAACAGUCUACAUCUAAAACUGCCUUUCUACUAUAGAGAAGUCACCGUUAUGCGAGACCUGACUUGAUGCAU